UGCUUUGUUCUGUCUUAAAAGAAGCUGGUCUGCCAGAUGGUGUGGUUAAUAUGGUAUUUGGUACAGGGCCAAAUGCUGGCCAAGCUCUAGUAGCUCACCCCAAGGUUCAUUUGAUUUCUUUUACUGGAGGGACUAUAUCCGGAUUAAAAGUCAAUACUACUGCAGCUAUGCAUUUAAAGAAAGUUUCACUCGAACUUGGUGGCAAAAAUGCCAAUAUUAUUUUCGAAGAUUGCGAUUUCGAAAAUGCUGUCACAAAUAGUAUAAGAUCUUCCUUCAGUAAUCAGGGAGAGAUUUGUUUAUGCGGGUCACGUAUAUUUGUUCAAUCAUCGAUUUAUCAAAAGUUUCUUGAUGCGUUCGUUACCAAAGCUCGUAAUAUGGUUGUCGGUGACCCUACUGAUUCAAAAACCGAGGUAGGUGCUUUGAUCAGCAAAAAUCAUAUGGAGAAAGUACUUGGGUACAUCGAAUUGGCAAAACAAGAAGGUGGUAUAAUUGAAUGUGGUGGUGGAAAGAAGCAUUUGAAAGGAGAGUUGUGCGAUGGAUAUUUUGUAGAACCCACAGUUAUUACUAACAUCAAGCCAUCCAGCCGUGUAGCUCAAGAAGAAAUAUUUGGCCCGGUUGUCACUGUUCAUCCAUUUGAGACUGAAGAAGAAGUUAUUAAUUUGGCAAAUGAUAAUCAAUAUGGAUUAAGUUGCUCUGUUUGGACACAAAAUGGUAGUCGCAUGCGUCAUGUGGCUGAGGCAAUUGAAGUUGGCACUGUAUGGGUUAACUGUUGGCUGGUAAGAGAUUUAAGCAUGCCUUUUGGUGGAACAAAGAAAAGUGGAAUCGGAAGAGAGGGUGGAGAAUAUAGUAUGGAAUUCUAUACUGAGCAAAAAACAAUUUGCUUAGCUGAUUAA